UUAGGGUUACCCAGUGCCGCCGCUGCAAACUUCCCGGUGUGAAACAAACCCUCAUCAACAACCAACCAUGGCGGAUUCUGCGAAACUUUCAUCUUUUAGUAUGAAUGUUGUUAUUAUGGUUUCAAUUUCAAUGUUGGUGAAUCUGUAUUUUUUUUAUGAAGCUCGAAGAUAUCUGGGAAGGGGAAGAGACCUGGUAAGGGUGGAAACCGAUUCUGGAAAUCUGUUGGACUUGGAUUCAAGACUCACAGGGAUGCCAUUGAAGGAACUUAUAUUGACAAGAAGUGCCCAUUCACUGGCAAUGUCUCGAUCCGUGGUCGUAUCAUAGCCGGUACCUGUCAUAGUGCAAAGAUGAAUAGGACCAUCAUUGUUAGGAGAAAUUAUCUUCACUUCAUCAAGAAGUAUCAGAGAUACGAGAAGCGUCAUUCUAAUAUCCCUGCGCACGUUUCACCUUGUUUCCGAGUGAAGGAAGGAGAUCAUGUUACUAUUGGCCAGUGCAGGCCAAUUUCAAAAACAGUCAGGUUUAAUGUAUUGAAAGUUCUCCCAGCCGGAUCUUCUAAUCUUGCAAAGAAGGCAUUUACAGGAAUAUGAGUUUAGAAUUUUCAGUGGGCAUUGAAGUCAAUUGUACCUUAGUUUAAAAUAUUAUAAGGUCAUGACAUUGUUAUAAUCUGAUCAGAAUUUGGAUUUGUUUAAAUGCUUUGCAUUGAUUUAAGUAGUUAAUGUUCAAAGAUUUUGAUAUGAUUAUUGCUUUUUAGUAAGGCACUUUUUUUUGGCAUUA